AUGGAGGAGAAGGAUGAUGAUAGUGAUGAAAACAAGAAGAGCGUUUGGUGGUUUCUUAACAAAUCAUUGCAACUCCAUAACGCACCUGUAAUAGACAGCUUGUGCAUGGAACUGGGUCCACGGUGCCCUAUUGAUGCUGAUAUCGGAAAGUGGGUUGCUAAAGCUGUUGAUCUUUUGGUACAUAAGCUAAAUUUCAAGCUCCUAUGGUCCGCAGAACCAACAAGGUUGCCAAAGAGCCUUUACUCAUGCCAAACUCUUGUAGACCUGACUCUCUCUCACCAGAUUCUCGUGGAUGUUCCUCUUUCCGCUUGUCUCCCAUCUCUUAGAGAGCUUGACCUAGACUGUGUGGUGUACAAAAACGAGGAUUCUCUCGUUAGGUUGUUUUCAAGCUGCCCCGUUCUCGAGAUUUUGAACGUGACACGAGCGAAUGAUGACAAUGUGAAAAAGUUCACAGUGAAAGUGCCUUCCUUAUGGGACUUGUGGUAUUCUAAUAGUUUGUCUGGCGAGGAUGAUGGUUAUUUGGUUGUAGAUGCUCCUGCAAUGACGACCUUACAUAUCUUUGAUGUUUCGGGAGACUCUUGCUCGAUCGAGGAUAUGCCCUUUCUCGAGGAUGCAAACAUCGAUAUCGAGUCUUAUCCUGAUGACAAAUUUUUAACUUCCCUUUCUUCGGUCUUGGCGAUUCGUUUGUUCUUGUCUGAUACAAUGGUUAUGCGUUGUGGCAACAUCAACUUAUCUCGUCUUGUAAAGUUAAGAAUAUGUCCAUCUAGGCCAGACUGGUUGACACCACUCGUACAUUUACUUGGGAAUGCUCCUCAACUAAAAGAGUUUUUGGUAGAUUCUCAAUAUACCUAUGAGCCCGAGGAUCUCUCAUUUUCAUGGAACCAACCGAGUCCAGUUCCCAAGUGCUUGCCGUCAGAGCUCGAAAUAUUGGAGUGGAGAGAUUAUGGGGAUAGAGUCGAAGAGAAAGAAUUCCUGACGUACAUUUUAGCUAACUCUAAGCGUUUAAAGACGGUGACAAUCUCUCUAAGAAGCACCAUCGAUCUUGAAGAGCAAAAGUUGAUCAUGGAAGAGUUGAAAGAUAUUCCUAGGGUUUCGACAGCAUCUCACCUUUUGUUCAAUUGGUAA